AUGCCAACUGAAGAAUUCACCAAGUUAUGUGGUGCUAGAGUCAGAAGAAGAUUCUCCAGAGGUUUAGGAUCCAAGCCAAUGGGUUUAAUCACCAAAUUGAGAGCUGCCAAGUUAGCCUGUGAACCAAAUGAAAAGCCAGCUAUUGUCAAGACUCACUUAAGAAACAUGAUUGUUGUCCCAGAAAUGAUCGGUUCCGUUGUUGGUGUCUACAACGGUAAAGUUUUCAACACCGUUGAAGUCAAGCCAGAAAUGGUUGGUCACUACUUAGGUGAAUUCUCUAUCACUUACGCUCCAGUUAGACACGGUAGAGCUGGUAAUGCUUCCACCAGAUUCAUUCCAUUGAAAUAA